GCCGGCCCGGCGCGCCCUCCCUUGGCCGGCGGCGCUUGUUGUUCGGCGGCGGCGGUCGCAGCUCGGGUCCCCCUCGGGCGCCCCCGCCGCCGUCCGCGCGCGGCCAUGGAGCUGGAGGUGCCGGACGAGGCGGAGAGCGCCGAGGCGGGGGCCGUGCCCUCGGAGGCGGCGUGGGCGGCAGAGAGCGGGGCGGCGGCAGGUUUGGCUCAGAAGAAGGCGGCCCCAACAGAGGUCCUGUCCAUGACGGCACAGCCGGGCCCUGGCCAUGGGAAGAAGUUGGGCCAUCGAGGUGUGGACGCAUCCGGCGAAACCACCUACAAGAAGACCACCUCCUCCACCCUGAAGGGUGCCAUCCAGCUGGGCAUCGGCUACACCGUGGGCCACCUGAGCUCCAAGCCUGAGCGUGAUGUGCUCAUGCAGGACUUCUACGUGGUGGAGAGCAUCUUCUUCCCCAGCGAAGGCAGCAACCUCACCCCCGCCCACCACUUCCAGGACUUCCGCUUCAAGACCUACGCACCUGUCGCCUUCCGCUACUUCCGGGAGCUCUUUGGGAUCCGGCCUGACGAUUACUUGUACUCCCUGUGCAAUGAGCCGCUGAUCGAGCUGUCCAACCCGGGCGCCAGUGGCUCCCUCUUCUACGUCACCAGCGACGACGAGUUCAUCAUCAAGACCGUCAUGCACAAGGAGGCCGAGUUCCUGCAGAAGCUGCUUCCCGGCUACUACAUGAACCUCAACCAGAACCCGCGGACACUGCUGCCCAAGUUCUACGGGCUGUACUGCGUGCAGUCGGGGGGCAAGAACAUCCGCGUGGUGGUCAUGAACAACAUCCUGCCCCGCGUGGUCAAGAUGCACCUCAAGUUCGACCUCAAGGGCUCCACCUACAAGCGGCGCGCCAGCAAGAAGGAGAAGGAGAAGAGCUUCCCCACAUACAAGGACCUGGACUUCAUGCAGGACAUGCCCGAGGGGCUCCUGCUGGACGCCGACACCUUCAGCGCCCUGGUCAAGACGCUGCAGCGGGACUGCCUGGUCCUGGAAAGUUUCAAGAUCAUGGACUACAGCCUGCUGCUGGGCGUGCACAACAUCGAUCUGCACGAGCGCGAGCGGCAGGCGCAGGGCGCCCAGAGCACCUCAGAUGAGAAGCGGCCCGUGGGCCAGAAGGCGCUGUACUCCACAGCCAUGGAGUCCAUCCAGGGCGGCGCCGCGCGCGGGGAGGCCAUCGAGUCGGAUGACACGAUGGGCGGGAUCCCGGCUGUGAACGGCCGCGGGGAGCGGCUGCUGCUGCACAUUGGCAUCAUCGACAUCCUGCAGUCCUACAGGUUCAUCAAGAAACUGGAGCACACCUGGAAGGCCCUUGUCCACGAUGGGGACACGGUGUCUGUCCACCGCCCCAGCUUCUAUGCCGAGCGCUUUUUCAAGUUCAUGAGCAACACAGUCUUUCGGAAGAACUCCUCCCUGAAGUCCUCGCCCUCCAAGAAGGGGCGCAGCGGAGCCUUGCUGGCUGUGAAACCCCUGGGGCCCACAGCUGCCUUCUCGGCCAGCCAGAUCCCCAGCGAGCGGGAGGAGGCCCAGUACGACCUGCGGGGGGCCCGCAGCUACCCCACACUGGAGGACGAAGGCCGGCCCGACCUCCUGCCCUGCACGCCACCUUCUUUUGAAGAAGCCACUACAGCCUCCAUUGCCACGACUCUGUCAUCCACGUCCCUCUCCAUUCCUGAGCGGUCCCCCUCAGAGACGUCGGAGCAGCCGCGGUACAGGCGGCGCACACAGUCCUCCGGACAGGAUGGCAGGCCGCAGGAGGAGCCGCCCGCGGAAGAGGAUUUGCAGCAGAUUACAGUGCAGGUGGAGCCUGCGUGCAGCGUGGAGAUCGUGGUCCCCAAAGAGGAGGACGCAGGGGUGGAGGCUUCCCCAGCUGGUGCCUCUGCCGCUGUUGAAGCAGAAACUGCCAGCCAGGCCUCAGACGAGGAGGGCGCACCUGCCAGCCAGGCCUCGGACGAGGAGGACGCGCCCGCCACUGACAUCUACUUUUUCACGGAUGGGAGGUACUGGAUUUACUCUCCCCGCCAUCGCCGACUGCGGGCCGUGACGCUGAGCACCUCGGGGACUGUAAGUGACCGCAGUCGGCCACCCUGGGGAGAAGGGGCGGUGCCCCUCGGGCAGCAGGGAGCCGCAGGUCCCGGCCGGAAGCUCAGUGUCUGACGUCCGUUGUUCUCCAGAAGGGCUUUGGGGAAAUCACGGCUGCGGUUGAGGUCAGCCAUGCUGGCCCCGGACCGGGCGCUGGGCUGCGUGCGUCACUGGGAAUGUCAUUCGGUCCCAUGUCGAACCGGGCGCUCCAUAGGGCGGCACCAUCACUAGGUGCCCAGCCGAGGCCCAGGGUCUGCCUCGGACCCCGGCCGGACCCCAGCCAGCCCCUCUCUGCCCCCGGCCCCAGCCCUCCCGUGUCAGGGUGUCUUGCGUGGACGCUUCUCACUCGUACACACCUGGCUGCCCCGGCCCUGCUGGCUGCACAGGGGAGGUUGCACAGGUCAGCAGGGUGGCUGCAGGGCCGGGCUCUGAACUGCAGGGCCACGGAGACGGGGAGGAGAUGGUCUCUCCACACCCAUCUCACAGAUGGAGGCGCUGAGGCCUCGGCUCCCCUGGGAGCCUGGGAGACCACACGGCUUAGUCAAAAUCCAGAUCCCCAAGCUCUCAAGGAGAUCCCCCUGGGAUGCCACAUGGGCCCCACAUAGCCAUGAGAUCCUCAGGGCCUGCUGUUGUCAUUAUGACCAAAAAGCAAGGGGCCCAGAGAGGCUAAGAGACCUGCCCAGCGCCGCACAGCCAGAACGGGGCACAGACCCAAAGCAGGAGUGUCUCCUCGAGACAAAGCCCCCGCCGAGGCUGCCCUGACUCCCCGCCCAUCAGCACACACCGCUGUGUGCCAGGCACUGUGGAGUGACCCCAAGAGGUGGAGACCAGUUCCCCGGCUGCUCCAGGCAGCUCCAUCCCACGGAGCCAGCAGGAAGCCAGCCACCACGAAGCCGUGUCCCAGAGAUCGUCCGGGAGCUGCCCAGAGGGGCCUGCUGGGAGGGGGAGCACUGGAGAGACCCAUCAGCCCUGCCGGCCACCCCACCAUAGGCAGGGAGCAGUUCGCAGAGGCCACCUAUGGAGGGGGGUGCUUGGACUUUGAAAAACACCUGGCUUGAAGGGGCAGACGUGGGGAGGGUGGUCUCGGCAGCAGGCACAGCAGAAGCAGAAGUGUGGGGGCCAGAGGGGAGGCAGGGCAGCCGUUGAAAGCACCCCAAGGCCUGAGUGCUGAAGAGGCUGUGCCCUUGGUUCUGGUCUUCCUGGGAUCACCCAGUUCUGGGUCCCAGCUGCCACUGCCCCCCACUUCCCGUCUGCCCAGCUGGUGGCUGAGGGUGUCCCUCUCUGUCCCCCAACUCCUGCAGGACAAGGAAGCCAGCUGUCCUGCCCUUUCUUUUUUUUCAUUUUUUGAGACGGAGUCUUGCUCUGUCACCCAGGCUGGAGUGCAAUGGCAUGAUCUCAGCUCACUGCAACCUCCACCUCCCGGGUACGAGCAAUUCUCCUGCCUCAGCCUCCUGAGUAGCUGAGAUUACAGGCGCCUGCCACCAUGCCUGGCUAAUUUUGAGUUUUUUGUUUGUUUGUUUGUUUUUUGAGAGAGAGUCUCGUUCUGUUGCCCAGGCUGGAGUGCAGUGGCACAAUCUCGGCUCACUGCAAGCUCCGCCUCCCGGGUUCACACCAUUCUCCUGCCUCAGCCUCCCGAGUAGCUGGGACUACAGGCGCCCGCCAUCACGCCCGGCUAAUUUUUUUGUAUUUUUAGUAGAGACGGGGUUUCACCGUGUUCACCAGGAUGGUCUCGAUCUCCUGACCUCAUGAUCUGCCCGCUGCAGCCUCCCAAAGUGCUGGGAUUACAGGUGUGAGCCACCGCGCCCAGCCUUGUUUUGUUUUUAUUGAGAUGGAGUCUCACUCCGUCACCCAGGCUGGAAUGGAGUGGCUCAAUCUCAGCUCACUGCGACCUCUGGCCUGGGUUCAAGUGAUUCUCCUGCCUCAGCCUCCCGAGUUGCUGGGAUUACAGGCUCUUGCCACCAUGCCCCAAUAAUUUUUUGUAUUUUUAGUAGAGAUGAGAUUUUACCAUUUUGGCCAGGCUGGUCUCGAACUCCUGACCUCAGGUGAUCUGCCCGCCUCGGCCUCCCAAAGUUCUGGGAUUACAGGCGUGAGCCACCACACCCGGCCUUAAUCUUUGUAUUUGUAGUAGAGACGGGGUUUCACCAUUUUGGCCAGGCUGGUCUUGAACUCCUGACCUCAAGUGAUCCACCUGCCUUGACCUCCCAAAGUGCUGGGAUGACAGGCCUGAGCUCCUGCACCUGGCCUGUACCCCCGUUUCUAACGCUGUAGCAGAAGGAUACUGUCGUCCCUGCCCAGAUGCUAUGUGUGCGGUGCUGCCUGGGACGCCCCUUCCAGAGAGCGGCUCUGAGGUGGCUGCUGCUACUCUCCUCUCUGCGGGCCAGCUCUUUCAGGGCUCAGGUGGGGACCCUGUUUUGGCCCCACAUUUUCUUUUUUUUUUUUUUGAGAUGGAGUCUUGCUCUGUCACCCAGGCUGGAGUGCAGUGGCGCGAUCUCGGCUCACUGCAAGCUCUGCCUCCCGGGUUCAUGCCAUUCUCCUGCCUCAGCCUCCCGAGUAGCUGGGACUACAGGCGCCCGCCAGCACACCCGGUUAAUUUUUAGUAUUUUUAGUAGAGACAUGUUUUCACUGUGUUAGCCAGGAUGGUCGCGAUCUCCUGACCUCGUGAUCCACUCGCCUCGGCCUCCCGAAGUGCUGGGAUUACAGGCGUGAGCCACCAUGCCCGGCCGGCCCCACAUUUUCAAGUCCCCAUGGGAGCCAUCAGUGCAGCCACCAAAUCAGUACUGAGCACCCACGCAGGCUCCCCAUACCGGGCUCUCAAGGGACAUUGGGUGGACCUGACCUGCCGUUCCCACGUCAGGGAUUCCAGGCUGCAUUUGCUAUGCUGGAGAAACAGGCAAGGUCUGCACUGGGGUCCUGGCCCCUCAGUGCGGGGGUCAGUCCUCCGUGAUGCGGCCUCGCAGGGCAGGAGCGCCCCUCAGUGCGGGGGUCAGUCCUCCGUGAUGUGGCCUCGCAGGGCAGGAGCGCGCCGCCCUCGGUGCCCAGGGGCCGGGAACAGGGGUCUGGUGGGAGCUGUAGGAUCGGGCAGGGUGGAGUGAGCACAGAGGUGGGCCCUUUAGAGGGAGUGUGGAGGCAGGACCUGAGGCAGGGAGAGGCAGUGCCUCUGCAGGUGAGGUCUGGGCUCACCUGGAGCACGAGGGGGGCCCCUGCUGGGCCAGGCUGGGCAGCUGGGAGGUGGCACAGGCAGGGGGGCAGGUCUGAUAAGGAGGCAUGGGUUGGCCUGGGCAGCGGGGUGAGCAGCGCUGUCCUGACUGGAAGGACGAGCAGUGGGUCUUGGGGUGAUGGACUGGGUUGUGGCUGUGACGAGUUUAGGGGCCGAGGGCUGCCAGGUGGACGUGACCAGGCAGAUGUGUAUUCAGGCCUGGCACUUCAGGCCGAGGCCGGGCCUGGUGGAAAUUCACAGGUCGUCUGUUCCGGGAGGGGUGUUGAAGGCUGGGUUGGUGACGGAGGCCUGAGUGAGAGGAGGAUGAAACAAGGAAGACAGGGAGGCCAGGCUGGAGCCCUGAGGAAGCAGCCUGGGGGCAGGAGAAGCAGGGGGAGCUUGAGGGGGCAGGGGCUCCUCAGGGGGCGGGGCGGAGGUGUUGGAGGAACGCACCCUCCCUCCCUCCCCAGAUCCCACCCAGACCUGGGACCCCUCACGCAGGCACAGCUGGGAAGAGCUGUCCGUGUCCCCGCACACGGACCUGCCUGUGCCUAGCCCUGAACUUGGCCGUCACUCUGCCCCGCUGCGCAGGAAGGUGUCUCCUGGCCCUUGCAGGGUGGGUGGUCCGAGCCGCAGUCUCUCCUCGCACGUCUGUGCCGGCAGAGGGUGCUGGCCCUGCCCACGGGCAGCCAUGUGUUCAGGUCCCCAAAGUCUUCUGGGUUGGGAAGUAGGUCCGGCACCCCGACCUCCCAGGACCCCCGUAGAGAGCUUCCAGAAGCCUGUGCGCCGGUGCCCGUGGCACAGGCAGGACUGGGGGCUGUGGUGGGGCCGGGCUGUGGAGGAGGAGGAGGAAGACUCGGUGCUCCAGGUCGCGACCCCCACCUGCUUCCGCCGGCUCUGUCACCCGCUAUCUCAGGCCCCGCCUCGACUGAACUAACCGCUUUCUGCUGCCCGCCCUGCCCCGCCCCGCCCCGCCCCGCCCCGCCCCGCGGAGC